AUGCAAUUACAAAAAGAAGAGCAAGGCUUUUAGAAAUUCAAAAACUUCUUGCAGGAGAGAGAUUAAGAUUAGAUGGUCACUAAGAUCUGUUUAACAGGUGGACCUUGCGCCGGUAAGACUACUGCAAUGACUCAUUUGACCAAUGUGCUAUCAUCUUUUGGAUACAGAGUAUUUUGCGUACCAGAAGCGGCAACAUUGUUUUAAAAAGGAGGAGCAAUGAUCAACAUGUGUGACUUUACUUUUGAUAUGCAAGUCAAGUUCCAAAUCUAUUUGAUGAAGAUGCAAAUUAAUUUAGAGGAUACUUUCCAUUAGUUGGCUUAGAACGAGGGCAAAAAGUCAGUGCUUUUGUGUGAUAGAGGACUUAUGGACGGAUCAGCUUAUGUGAGUCAAGAUUAAUGGGAAGCAGUAUUAGAUGAAAUGGGAUGGAAUGUUUAUUAGUUGAAAGAUAAGAGAUAUGAUUUGGUUCUACACUUGGUGACUGCUGCCGAUGGUGCUCCAGAUUUUUACAAUAAAAGUAAUGAAGCCAGAUACGAAAGUGUUGAAGAGGCAAUGAAUGUUGAUCGUAAAUUACAGCAAGCCUACUUAGGUCACCAUAACUUUUACAUCAUAGAUAACGAUCAGCGUGACUUCAACUAGAAGAUUGAUUUAUGUGUAAGAGUUGUUACGAAGUGUUUAGGAUUGCCUACACCUAACUCUUACUUCAAGAAAUUCCUCAUUAAAAUAUCAAACCCACUUGAUCAUUCAACUUUUGGUCUCCCGGAAAAUAACUUCUAUGACACUUUUGAACUUGAAGAAACUUUAUUGAUUCCUGACUUCUCAGUAUCAGUCGAUUCAGAGUCAAAAGUUGAAGUUUAUCUUAGAAAGCGUGGCAAGAACAUGCAGUAUGUGCACAAUUUCGAAAUUAGAUACACACAGAAUAAUAAACGUAUUUCAGAAUAAAAAAUCAUUACUGCCAGAAAAUAUCUAGAGUUAUACCAGUAAAAGGAUCCAAAAAAGAAAACACUGAAGAAAAAAAGAACCUGCUUUAUCUGGCACGGAUAACCAUAUCAACUAGAUACACUUACAAACAUAGAAGGGCAUCCAGUAUUUUUGAGAGCAGAGGUUUAAGAUGAUAAAAUAUAUCUACCGGACUUCAUUGAAUGCAUCCGUGAUGUGACCAAAGAAGAAUUUUUCACCAGCAAGAAUAUGGCUGAUUUGGAGUUUUAUUAUGAUGAGGCUAUUCACGGAAAAAGAGAAAAGAUCGAAUUUGCCAGAAUCGAUGAAUAGAAAGUAAUUAGAUACGAAACAACUCCCAAAAACGAUGGAGAUGGAGAGAAGCUUAGAGAGAAGUCUGAUGAAGAUUCCCAUAAGGAGGCUUAAUGA